AUGCGGCGGGCAACCAAUGGCGUAUCCCGGGGGGCGGAGCUUGGAGCAGUGGGUCAUCUGCAGUCGGAGAUGCUUCACAUGGAGCUGAUCGACGGAGGACCAGAGCGACUGGACCCUCCCAGAGCCUCGUCGUCCAGGGAGACCACUGCCACGCCGCCGCUGCUGCCACCUGUUACCAUGGAUACGUACCGGCCUAAGAGACCCACCACGCUCGCCCUGAUCUCCAUCGUCCCCCGCACACAGGACACUCUGAACAACAACUCGUUUGGGAAGAAGUUCAGCUGGCAGGAGAAAGUGUCGGGGUCUCCGCAGAAAACUGGUGAGCGGACCCCUCCCCGAGAGCACAGCUGCCUGAGCGACGAGGAUAAAGUCCAGUCGGCGCAGACCAAAGACCGCGGCACUUCCACCGACGCGCCGUGCCGACACCACCACAGCGCCUCGUCCUCCUCCACGCGCUCCAAAGACAAGGUCCCCGCGCCGCCUCCUCCUCCACCUCCCCAGAACUACACCCCGGCCCCCCUCUACCCCAGCAGCAAGGCCUCUGCCGAGCCCCCCACCGAGGAGAUCUACCUCACCCCCGUUCGCCGCUCCUCCUCCGAUGCCGUGCUGGACUCCGCCGCGCCGGACCGCCCCUUCCUGGCGCAGCAGACGGAGCAAGGCCGCAUGUCCAUAAGCUCGGACACUGAGGGGCCGCCGCCGUACCAGCCACUGCCUGACAGAACCGACCAGUGCAUCUUCGAGGAGGACGAGAUCUACGCUCCGCCUCCUUCUUACGCCUCCUGCGUGGAGUCUCUGAUCACGCCGCCGCGCUCCGCCACACACGGCCUGGACCUCAGCCUCAAAACGUCAUCGGCGCUCGGCAUCUUCAGAGCGGGAUCGUCCGUGGAGUACGUGGACGCGACGGACGACAGCUACUGCGAGGAGGAGGACGAGGACGAGAUGGUGAUGACGAUGGAGGACGGCAGGCGCAAGAGCAACGAAGAGCUCGCGUUGUUGCCCACGACGACGCUAAGGACUUCCCUGAGCUCCGAGGCGCGCGGUUUGACGUACGAUUCGGUGAAGUACACUCUGGUGGUGGACGAGCACGCGCAGCUGGAGUUGGUGAGCUUGCGGCAGUGUUACCAGGGUUACAGCGACGACAGCGACUCGGCCACGGUGUACGACAACUGCGUGUCGCCGCCGUACGAGUCGGCUCUGGGCGAGGAGGAGUACGAGGACGAGGAGGUGGACGGGGCGCGAGUGGGCGGAGUCAGGAGAGAGGGGACCGCGUGUCUGUCGGACGACUCCUCCACGGACGGAGAUCUGCACUUCUCCAAAAAGUUUCUCAAUGUUUUCCUCAAUGGACGAUCGAGCUCUUCAAGUGCAGAAUCAUUCGGGCUGUUUUCUUGUUUGAUAAACGGAGAGGAGCGCGAGCAAACGCACAGAGCUGUUUACAGGUUUGUCCCUCGUCACGAGGACGAGCUGGAGCUGGAGGUGGACGACCCUCUGUUUGUGGAGGUUCAGGCUGAGGACUUCUGGUUCGAGGGUCUCAACAUGAGGACCGGGGCCCGCGGAGUCUUCCCUGCCUACUACGCCAUGGAGGCGGCCCGCGAGCCUGACAAGGUGACGAGCGGGGAGUGGAUGGACCGAUACCGUCUGAAGUUCCUGGGCUCCGUGCAGGUGCCGUACCACAAAGGCAACGACGUGCUCUGUGCUGCUAUGCAAAAGAUUGCGACCAACAGAAGAAUGACGGUGAAGUACAACCCGCCCUCGUCCUGUUUGUUGGAGAUUGACGUGAAAGGGAUCAAGCUGUCGGUGCAAGAGGACUACUACAGCUGUGAUGGGAGUAACGAGUGCAACCAUUUCUUCCAACUAAAGAAUGUGUCUUUCUGCGGAUACCACCCCAAGAACAGCAGAUACUUCGGCUUCAUCACGAAGCACCCGGCCGACCAGAGGUUUGCCUGUCACGUCUUUGUGUCCGAAAACUCCACCAAAGCCAUCGCAGAGUCUGUGGGGUGA